AUGGAGAUGGAACCCUCUUCAGCCAAUGAACGCCUUCAUUUUGGGAAGAUGGGAUAUGGGUGCCAACAUUAUCGGAGGCGAUGUAAGAUUCGAGCUCCAUGUUGCAACGAGGUUUUCUCUUGUCGCCAUUGCCAUAACGAGGCUGCGAGCAUGUUACGGAACCCCUUCGACAGGCACGACCUUGUUCGACAAGAUGUGAAACAAGUUAUUUGCUCCGUUUGUGACACAGAGCAGCCGGUUGCUAAACUUUGUUCAAAUUGUGGCGUCAAUAUGGGAGAAUAUUUCUGUGAAAUUUGCAAGUUCUUUGAUGAUGAUACCGAGAAAGGGCAGUUUCAUUGUCAUGAUUGUGGGAUCUGCAGAGUUGGUGGCAGAGAGAACUUUUUUCACUGCAAGAAGUGUGGGUCUUGCUAUUCCAUUGCUCUGCGAGAUAAUCAUUCAUGUGUGGAGAACUCAAUGCGGCAUCACUGCCCCAUAUGCUACGAGUACCUUUUUGAUUCGUUGAAAGAUACCACCGUGAUGAAAUGUGGUCACACAAUGCACUGUGAAUGUUACCAUGAGAUGAUAAAGCGUGACAAAUAUUGUUGUCCCAUAUGCUCCAAGUCAGUAAUUGAUAUGUCUAGAACCUGGAAGAGGAUAGAUGAAGAGAUUGAAGCAACUGUAAUGCCUGAGGACUACCGGUAUAAGAAGGUUUGGAUCCUAUGUAACGACUGCAACGACACCACAGAAGUUUACUUCCACAUAAUCGGACAGAAAUGUAGUCAUUGUAAAUCAUAUAAUACCCGCACGAUUGCCCCUCCAGUUCUCCCUCAAUGACAAGACCGCGAUCGCAGAACAUACACAGUGAGGUCAAAAGGCAUCUAAGGUUUGCACGCUAAGCAUAAAGCAGAAGAGGAAUUCGUGAUUGCAUGUUCACAUCGAUGGAUUGAUUAUGAAUUACUGUAUUAUGAUUCAAUGACUCUUGCAUUUGUUAUGUCUUUCUCAUAAGCUUUUGUCAGGUUAUUCUUUCUCCCAUGUGUCGGAGUUUAAAAGAAAGAACUGUAAAUGGUUCUUUCGGUCGAUGUAAAACGUUAUGUAUACUGCAACUGAAAGGGAAUACUUUUUCCCCACGAGACUAUGAAACUGUGCCAAGAUGUUAAUGACACUUAUAAUGUGGCGGAACCCUAUUUGUUUUUUCUCGUA